UGCACAUCAAUGCCACAAAUCAGUGCCCAUCUGAGCUGCCCUUCAGUCUCACCCAUCAGUGCCACCUAUCAAUGCCAAUCAGUGCCACCUAUCAGUGUUGCCAAUCAGUGCCACCUAUCAGUGCCAUCAGUGCUGCCUAAUAGUGCCAGUCAGUGCCACCUAAUAGUGCCAGUCAGUGCUGCCUAACAGUGCCAGUCAGUGCCGCCUGUCAGUGCUGCCUUUCAGUGCCCAUCAGUGAUGCCUGUCAAUGCCCAUCAGUG